AUGCGACUGUUGAAUACGUCCACUCUGACCCUGCAUUAUUUCCCGGCUGACCCACCGCCCUACGCCAUCCUUUCCCACACCUGGGGUGACCAAGAGGUGACCUUCCAAGAAUGGCUCGCGAAAGACAGGGACCAGGCCAUCCAAAUGAAAAGCGGCUUCCUGAAGGUUGAAAGCUUCUGCGGGAAAGCCGCCGAGGCAGGCUACCAGUGGGCGUGGGCUGAUACCUGCUGUAUCGACAAGUCCAGCAGUGCCGAGCUUUCUGAGUCCAUCAAUUCCAUGUUCCGCUGGUACAGAUCUUCAUGCGCGUGCUUCGUCUACCUAAGUGACGUCUCCGAUAACAGAAUCGCCUUGGACAGCGAAUUUGCUCAGAGUCGAUGGUUUACAAGGGGCUGGACUCUGCAAGAGCUCAUUGCCCCCGCCACCGUCAUCUUCUACAGUAGAGACUGGCUUCACAUGGGCACCAAGGGGGAUCAUUACCGAAUAAUCUCUUACAUCACUGGCAUCGGCAAACGCAGCCUCCUCCGUUUCCAACAAGACAGAUCCGUCAGCAUCGCCUCCCGCAUGUCCUGGGCGUCGAAGCGGCAAACGACGCGCCUGGAAGACACAGCCUACUGCCUGAUGGGCAUCGUCGGCGUCAACAUGCCCCUGCUCUACGGCGAGGGCCACAAAGCCUUCCAGCGCCUGCAGGAGGAAAUUAUGAAGGUCUCCGACGAUCAGUCCCUCCUCGCCUGGACCCCGCUGGAGCCCUCGCCGGCACCCGACGACGACGCGCGCGACCAAAUCUGCCACGGCUACCGCGGCGUCCUCGCCGAGACGCCCCAGCAGUUCUCGCCCAACAUCCGCAACCGGCGGCCGGCGGCCGGCUUCCACUACUGGCGCACGCCGUACAUGAUGACGAACAAGGGCCUCCAGAUCAAGCUGCCGCUCGUCCCGUCCGCCUCGCACAGCAGCACCGUCUUCCACGCCAUCCUCGACUGCACCACGCGCGAGCCGAGUUCGCCCGACUACACCGUCUUACACGGCGUCGGCGUCCCGCUCGUGUGCGUCUCCGACGACGGCACGCAGUUCGGCCGCGUCGAGGGCUGGCCGCUGCGCACCUUCGACUUCUCCCGCCGCAGGACCGAGGGCCUCAUCCGCCAGAUUUACAUCCGCCAGCACGCCGGCCUCCAGCCGUGGGUCCCCGCGCACUUGCUUUUCCGGCGCGCGCGGAACGAUGAGUUGGCUAGCUCGAGCAGGAGCGUUUCCGGCCAGUCGGUCGGCGAGGUGGACGAUCCUCAUUGCGAGGUUGUUCGCGCUGUCACUGUCGAGGUGUUGGUGCUGUGCGGUGUUUAUGCGUUUUGCGGCUGCGUUGAGAGACUCGUCGGUGGCGUCGGGCUGGCUGGGGAGGCGUCGACGAAGCAGCGCCGCAUUUUCGAAGACUUCCGAGGGCGUUCGGCGAAGGAAGAGGGUCCCUUGGCCCGGUACGCCGUUUUGUAG